AUGCCCCCGACGAGCGGACAGGGCACAAACCAGGCGUUUGAGGAUGGCUGGACCCUAGCAGCCGUGUUAGCAUGUAUAUUCAAGCAAAUACAUAAUCCACGAGGUCCGAGUCAGGAAACAGCCGAUCAAGACCAAGAUCAAGACGAAACAGGUCAGCAGCAUGCUCUAGAACUGAAAUCGGCUCUCAACGCAUGGCAUCAACAGCGCCAGACGAGGAUCAAUCGGGUCUCGAAGUUGACGCAGCAGAUGAAUAACCUGAGAUUGCCAGUUGAGGAGCAACAGCGGGGAGGUCUGGAGAGGGUCAGGCAGUGGCAGUGGGCUAUAUUGUCCGCAUCUAGAUAUGGAUCCGGACUCAGACUCGGAUAA